AAAAAACUAAGAUUUGUGGCAGGGUGAAUGGUACGGGAAGAGAGCUUACUGCUGAGCUUUGGGGUCAGGAAAUGGCGGCCUUGUCCUGCUGCUUGUUGCCGUAUUGAAGGCCGGCAAUGCCUAGCGGAAGACUGGCGAAUGGAUAAGUUCAGGCGUUGACACGAGGGUUCACAUACUGCCACCUCUGAUAUGUAUCACGUCGACCGCGUUACAUAGUUUAUUUUGUGCACUGAUAACCAAGCAAUAGCUCGUUAUUUGUUCGUGGUUUGCUUCCCAAUUAGGGCGAUCAACGCGUUUUGGGCGGGGAGAGGGGUCUCAUGCCGUUAGGUUUACCGAAUUCUAAUUCUUUAACAUUCCGAUGUAUACAGACUUCUGCGACUCUAUAGUCGAUUUUCGCACGUGAGCGUGCAUGAAUGUCCAGUUGCUUUUGGCGAUGCCCAUCUACUCUAAAUGAAAGUUACUCCGACCACGAGUUACUUGUAACUUUUUUGAAGGACCUUUCUAUUGCAGCCGCGUAUCGCUGUAUUAUGGAAUGUGAGGCAGUUGUGACUGAGUAAUGACAAAGUGAGUGCAUCCGUCCGUGCACAAGUGCGGCGUCUCCCGAUCCAUUAUUUAAUUCGAGGGAGUUGCUUGUUAUUCUGUUGCCACGACAUUGAUGGUACUAUGCAGAUUCAUUCGCUGUUCGCAUAACGAGCGGUGGCGUCCGCUGUGGGGAUGGCGGCGGUGCCGAAGGACUCGCUAUGUGUAGCAAGCUAGAUUGCUUGGCGUACGUUUCACGCUUUAUCUAUUACUAUUGCGUUGUUUAGGUUAUAGCAACAUUCAUUUCUCGUUCUGCUCUCAUGUGUAAUCGUACUAGUAUAGUAAUAAUGGCGACAUCACGGUAAAUAGAAGUAGCUAAUUACGCAUGGACAGCUCCUGAGGCUAAUGACACCAGAAAUAGUUAUAUUUCGACAAAGUGAUAGCUAUGUUGAGUGAAGUUUGCUUAUAAAACUUCGGACAGCAGCGAUUUUAGCGGCAGCAAGUGGCUGUUUAUAAACGUGUGUUCGGCGCAUUUUUGCACACUCACUUAACGCAGGGCGAUUAUAGACACGAAAGGUACAAAAAAUCAAAACAUGGCUGAGUGCUCUGGUUUGAGUCCCAAGAGGAAUAGUUGUAGCUUAAUCAUGGUAAAUACGCUAAGGAACAAAGUGGGGCAGACUACGUGAAACAUAGAAAGAAAAUGCGACGAGGAACUUGCCAGCGGGUGAGAUCAACGGUAACAACGAGUAGAAGAUGGAAAGAAUGGGUGCUGUCUAUUGUAUAGAAGGAUUUUAAGUGAGGUAGGAAAUAUUAUUAGCACUCAGAGGAGUAGAUUAAAGGAGCUCUGGCGUAUUUUUGGGAGGCGUAAAUGAAUCUCGAGGAAGACGCCAAUUACUGCGCAAUCGAUUUAACGUUUAACGCAAACGAUAUGGCUUUUACUUGAUCAAAGAGCCCAUUGAUUUGCACUAUGUGAAAUAUUAGUUUCCAAUUAUGUUGACCUAGGGGUUGGCAAACAAUGAUAAGUUUUUAUCGAUCGAAAACUAUAAAUAGAUAGCAAGUGCUGUAGUACCGUAGCGAUAUAGAAAAGAAGUUGACGGUAACUGCAUAGAGAUUUGCGACGGUAGUUGCUCUAAUACACGCGUUGAUAUGAGCGUGCACAAUACGCAUGUACCUGUAUAAUACAAUAUUUAGAGGAGGAAACGUCAGAAAAAUAUGAAUUUACAUAUAAAUUAUGUAAGUAGUCUAACUAAUGAAGAGUCGAGUAGGUUUUUAUAUUGUGUUUAUUACUGCUCUCUAGUUUUUUUUUCAAUAUACCUAAAGCGGAAAGCUGGUAGAUUGGUUUCACUGUUCCGUGUGAUCAAAUUUCUUCUAAUUAGGCGUAAGUAAAUUAUUUUUGUCUGAUUUUUGUAGGUGUUAAAAUUGCUUUUUCGGGGUUGCUAUGUGGUAUCGUUUGACAAUUAGUUGUAUACUGUUUUAAAAAUGAGCACAUCUGCGUUACACAUUCUAAGUUAAGUAGUCUUAACGGCCGUCUCGUGUACAUCAUUUUCUUGGUUCCAUCGGGAAAGCGAUCAAAUAGCACAGGGCAGAGCCCAGCAAUCGAUGCAGUAUGUAGUAAUAGCCUUCCCUCAAAAAAAAACACAAAACUUGGUAAAAUUUAUAUUUUAAUCUUCAUUAUUUUUAUAAUUUCCAUUAAAGAAUUUAUUGUAGGUUCAUCGCGGUUCAAAAUAUGAUUUGAUCAGUGUGUAAUAUUUAAUUCAUAUAUUUACCAUGGUGGUGGUAUUUAUGGAGUGGUCAUAGUGUCUAAAAAUAGCAUUGCAUUUUUGAAAGUAAAUGUACAGUACACUAUGAAAAAUAUCAGUCCUAUAGUAUCCCAUAUUAUAGUAAUAUUUAGCAAAUAUGCUUGACAUCUAACGUUUAGUCAGACAGUCGAUUGUUAGGUAUAAUAUUGUCACCCCUGGGCCAGUAAUUCUAUAUUACAUCAAUUCAAUAACCGUGUUUUUUGUGUGCAAAUUGAGUCGUUAGUUUAAACUUCUCUGUGGAACUAAAAAUCUCUGUACGUCAGAUUGGGUAUCGAUCCUCUAGAUUUUACACUUUUGUUAUUGCUUCAUUAACCUAACGGAAUUAUCCACUUGUAAGGUAACAGCAGAUGCACUUAACUUUUUACGACAAUUUUUGCACCGACCGACAAAACAGCCGUAUAUUGAUUAUUAUCACGAAGAAAGGCUUCUUGGUCUUAUUCAACAGUUAUGCGUUGGGCCGUUCAUAUACGAGGCGAUACAUCGUAAACUAGUGCGUGUAAAAAGAAAAAGAAUAACUGCCAACUGACGGCCAGAUACAUUAUUUAGGCAAUACAAGGAAAAAUUGAGUAGCUGCAAAUUUCUCGUAUAGAGUGAUAAUGGGUUAGAAGCUUGGACCUGCUUACUACUUUCGUAAGUACUAAGUUUACUCAUAAUUAAUAUUUCAUAGAAAAAGUUUAGUUUAAUUAAUUCGAUUUAAUUUUAAUUAUCGCACUGUUUCCAUUUUAAUGUCCAUUAAAAGUAACGGUAUUGUAAAUAAAAUCAGUCUCGUGUAAGUACAAGUACUUUAUGUCAGUAUGUGGCGAAAGGAUUUGUGAGAGAUCGUACGCAAUCCAGUGAAACAUUAGUUAGUCAAUCUGUAUAUACUAUAGAAUUUCGCUAAUAUUAAACGGUCUGCACAAUCUUAUUGCGCCUUAUAUCUUUUGGGUGGAAUAAAGUCACUUGGGCUUGUAAAACAUUUUACGGAAGAUAGUACUUACCAUUUACCUCCAUCUUAUCGUAGUAAUUAGCAAGCUAUGCCUGCGUUACGUAGUUUGCACGAUUAAAAUGCGCCAAACAGGUACUUGUUGAGGUACAAAUAUAUGGACGCUGUUGAUGUUGCGGUGUCACUUGAGAUAGAUUGGCUUUUUCUCUUAUCGGUGUUUGUUACUGCCCGAAUAUUUAGGAUGAAUCAAAUCAGUUUAACUACCAGGAUUCCGAUAGCUCAAAGGCCUUUGCUUAUUUUUUUAUGGUUUUACUACAUAGAACGUGCUUGCAGGUCGAGCCACGUUUUUUUCCGUAAAACAUUGGUGAAAUGUGCGACGAUACUGGCCCAAUCGUUAGACGUGUCUAAACUAGACAACUGGAAAUAUUUGUCUCUGAUAUAGGAUAGAAGGAAGCUUUGCCACAGUGCAAGGGGUGGGAGAACGUGGGGCCAAGAAACGACUAAGAACUUGGACGUUACUCAGUGGAACACGUGUGUGACGUACGAACGAUCGGGAUAGGGGUGUUGGCAUACAUGCGCCUGAGUUGUGAACACCAUCUGAGCACAACCAACAUCGAACGAACCCAACUCACAGCAACAGCCAAUCUAAUCAACCAACCCUAUCUCUCACCAAUCAAUUAUCAUCCAGUUUUUCAACAUCCAUCGACAUCCAACAACAUCCAUCUAACAGCAACAAGUUUAACAACAACAACAACAACUAUUUGAACCCAGAACAACAAAUCAGCCAGAUUAACUGAAAACAAUCAAUCAACGAACAGCAACAGCCAACAACUACAACAACUGCGAGAAAGAGAGCCAAAGCACAAAGAGAAAGAAAGCACAAAGGACAUUGUGAGUGUGUUGUUGUUUCGGGGGUUGAAAGCAGACAACAGGUGCCCACGAGCUGUUGGGGUCCUGAGACACACGAACGACAGACAACAACAAGAACAACAACAAGUGGCACUAAGUGUGGCACCGUGGGACUUCUGAGAAAGUAAGAAAGAACAAAGGGACUCCCAACUAAACUCCCCCGAAAAGAACUGUCGCUGAUUGUGCUGCGCGGUUCAGUGAACACAUAGCUCGGGGACGCAGAUACAGGUGUUGUCGACGGCCACGUGCACGAGGCCUCGUUUUUUUCGUGUAAUUCCAAAGAGGAAGACAGACGAAGCGAAGGAAAAUGCCAUUUGAUCUCGAAGACGGUAAUGGGCGUGCCCCCAAACGCCAGCGGACAGAACCGCUCAAGCCGAAUCAUAUCGUUUUAAUGACGAUUCGCAAUGCCCUCUACCCGAUUGACGUAGAGGUUGUACAUAAGAUCUCAUCACCGCUCGGCCGCGUGCAGCGUAUUGUCAUUUUCCGCAAGAAUGGGGUUCAGGCGUUGGUUGAGUUUGAAUCGAUUGAACAGGCAACACGCGCUCGAAUGGAGCUUGAUGGCGCUGACAUCUACCAGGGCUGUUGCACCCUCAAGGUUGAAUUCGCUAAGCCGGCAAAGUUAAACGUCUACAAGAACGAUAAGGACACCUGGGACUACACGGGAUGUCUCGAUGGAAAGGAGAAGGACCCCGGCCGUCACAAGGCCGCGCUCCUAGGUCCACCUCCAAUGCCUGGCAACAGCGCUUUUGUAGGUGCCUGUACGCCAAGCGGUUUGAUCGGCGUAGUCGCCGGCGGAGGACCGCCAUAUGGUGGAGCUUACGAUGACGGAUCGGCGUUCAGUCGAAAUGGCCGUGGAAGUCAGGUAGGCCAGCCGCAGGGAGGUAGCCGCAAUGGCGCAGGUGCCUAUGGAACAGCUCCGGGUGGGCCCGACAGCGCCGGAUUCGACUACCAGCACUAUGGGGCCGCCCACGGUGGCCAAGGAGGCAUGGGUGCUAAAGGCGGCUAUGGUGAUCGACGUGGAGAUGUGGCUACCUACGACCGAAGGGACGGCAGCAGUAUGCGAGGCGGAGAUGACUUCGCUAGCCGCAAUCUGGCCGGACCGCCCGGCAAUUUCAACUCACUUCCACCACCGAUGCACAACGCUGGCUGUGUCCUUAUGGUGUACGGUCUCGCUCCGCGAAUCAAUACCUCACAUCUGUUUAACUUGUUUUGUCUUUAUGGCAACGUCAUCCGCGUGAAGUUCCUACGCAGCAAGCCUGGCUGUGCGAUGGUACAAAUGGGUGACGGCGCCUCUGUGGAGCGUGCCGUACAAAACGUGCACUCGUCGGUCUUGUUCGAUCAGACACUUCAGGUGAAUUUCAGCAAGCAACCAUUCCUGCACGAAGAAGUAAAAGCUUACGACCUGCCUGAUGGCACGCCUUCAUUCCGCGAAUUCAGCAAAAGCCGCAACAACCGUUUUAGCAACUCGGAGUUGGCUGCCAAAAACCGCAUUCGGCCACCGUCGAACACGCUGCACUUCUUCAAUGCGCCUAGCGACGUAACAGACGAUCGGCUACGCGAUGUAUUUAGCAAAGAGGAUCUAACUCCGCCCGUGAAGGUGACUAUGUUCGAGAACAAGAACCUCAAAAGCCAGACGGGUAUGCUCGAAUUCGAGACGAUUCAGCAGGCAACUGAAGCAUUGGUCAUCUGUAACCACGCUCCGAUUCAGUCGCCCGCUUCACCGUUCCCCUUUUUGCUAAAACUUUGCUUCACUUCUGGCUCAUACCCGAAGCACCUGUCCAACGAACAAGGCAGCAAUGGCGCCACGGGGCAGCUUGUCCAAAUCAAAGAUGACGAUAUGUAAGAAGGUGUAGUCGUGUAGGAAAGAGUGGAUAAAAGAUGAUGGCCCGAUGGUAUUUAGAGUGGCUUUAUUAGUACAUUUUUAUGGCGUUAUCAUGAUAGCGGAGGGGCAACUUACUACUACCAUAAGCACUACUGAUCGAUGUUAAGUUGGUGCGCGCUUGUGUGUAUGUGUAAUACGAACAGAAAAUAGACCGACAAUAAACCGCACCGUGCCGGGAAUGGUCGCGACGAAAAUGUUUAUACCACCCAAGUCUAAUUGGUGGAGACGCUGAAAUAAGGUGGCGGAGGCGGAGGAAAUAACGAAAGCAACAUAUGCUUAGUUAGGAAACCCUAGCCUUGGUCUCAGAAGAAACAUGGGAUGUUGGGGCAGAUCGAAACAUAACCACAAAGGAAACGUGGGUUCAGAGAAAACAGUCUACGCUGCUGCUGUUCCAGUGAAAACUGUACGUUAGUUAAGAGGAAGGGCUGAAGGUAAGGGCUAAAAGGAAAAGAGACUUAUCGCAUAACAGGAAUAAAUACAGAACAUGAGAAAAUAUUGACAGUGGCAAAUAUAACGCAUAGGAGAGAAGCAAAAUGUAACAAACAUCAUCAUCAUAUAAUUAUUAUAGCCGACGACCGCAUCAGGAGUAUCAGCGAUUUCAGCGAAGAGUUUCGCAGAGGCAAAACAAUAAUCAAUUACUAUUAAAACGUCACAAAUAUAAAACAGACGUUCUCAGCACAGACACACCAUCAUCAUCAUCAUAUAUGUAUGCAUAUAUAUGCAUAUAUAUAUUAUGUAGAAGUAUAAUGAUAUAUACACACAUAUAGAUAGUGUGCCCGUGUAUUAUAAAAAAAAAAAAAAAACUACGACAAUAAAUUAACUUUAUGGUCGCUUAUGAGUCCGUAUUGGAGGUAUGCUUUAUUGGGAAUUCUCUCCCUCAGCAGAAAACGGCUGUAGAGGUAAGGGUGCCAGAAUUGGGGGUUCGGGAGCAGACACCAACCGACGUCAAUGUGUUACGCUCAUGAAUACGUGAAAGAGCUAGUUCUAGCGAAAAAUAGGAACAGGCAGUUCAGGUAACUCUAACAUCUAUGUGUUAUACGGAACCCCAUUGUUCAAGUAUGAGCUACAUGUGCUAAUGGGUAAGAAAUAGGCAGAUUUAAGGCGAUGGCGUUAGCGUGCAUGGGCUUGUGAUGAGUAUGAUUGUGAAUCAGAAGAUGGUAUGUAUGUUGGUACAAAGUAAAACAUAACUGAGCUAGUAAUAUGCGCCUGUAUUCUAGAUAGAAGAAACUGUUAAGUUUCGUCAAUUCCAACAUGGAAGCUACUCCGCACAGUUUCAGAGGGCAGUUCGGAGAAAUUGUGCAGACACCGGUCUUAAGAGGUUCCUUGUAGACUUUUGAAUCUCAUAAUAGACUGGUACUGGCUAAGUUUAUUAUUAUAUAUUAUUAUUGCUAACUAUUAUUGCUUAGUAGCAUUUAAACAAGUGUGCAUUCGCGAGUCAACUUAGUCGCUUGCAUGAUACGCCUAAUUAAAUUGUGCCUAUCGAUGAAGAUAUUGAUAGAAUUCACGAGAGUGGUUAUUUAUUGCGUAAUAGACUUGAUUAGGUUUUAGUGAGGCUAUAUAGUUCUAACAGAUUUUGUAUGCCUCGCCUCGUGUUAAAUAAUAUUAAUAAACAGUGGAAAUAAAAGCCUUUUGUUUCAGAUUGUUGUAAUAGUUAAUGACCGAAAGAAAAAUCACAGCUUGAUAGGUAGUAGGGCUGAGAAAUUGGAAUAAGAUAUGAUAAUAGUGGUGGUGUUUGAGCUGUGGACACUCAGAAAUGGGGACAUGGGGCUUAUUGACAGCCGCUAAUGGUAACAGCUCUAGUCCGGUUAUUUCAAAAUGAACACCUUAUUUAGUCUUCGGUAAAAAGACCCACUGAGCUCUGUUCGCACUUUUAUCAAUAUUGUAAUUAGCUUUUAAAAUCAAGCAUUAAACGUUUUUUAUCGCAAUUGUCUAUAAAAGACAGACUGACGAAUUGAAAGAUCUCUACAACGGCAUCCGUGUUUGCUAGAACAUAGAUAUUACAAUAAAAUGUUAGCGAAGUGCGUCCGCCCUUUCGAAAGUUGAUCGCCUACCAUUGCUAAGACAACCAAGCACCAGUGGCUAAGAAUCCUUUUUUUAGAAUUGGAGAAACCUAGGAAGAGGCAGUAUUGCAAGUCA